CCGUCCGCGCCGCACGCAGCCCUCGCGCCCUCAUGACCCGCGAGUCGCGAUGUCGCUUCCACUGCGUGAAUAUUUAUGACGCGAUCGACCUAUUCGCCUCCUCAUAAAUGGCAACGCCGACCUCGAUGCCUCACCGCACCACGUAUAUACCCGUAAAAUGCCAAUAAAACAAACUCUCGUUAAAAGACUCGAACGCCGAACUUUCAAUCGAAUCAUAGUGUACGUGUUGUUCUACUGUCAUGUUAUCGAGAAGAAUGCAGCUGCGGAAAUGCCGCACGAGUGCGCGUACCGCAGCUCCGAGACGGAAACGUCGGAGAACGCGGUGCUUUUCUGCAAAAUACGAACGAUAAGUAGUUUGGACCACCUGUUACAGAAUAUAAGUCGAACGCAUUUCGACGAAGUGUUAUCAUUGCACGUCCAGUGCAGUGAGAUUCUGUUUUUCGAGAGCACGCUGACUGCUCACACCGAUAAGAGUCAGGGGAAACAGACGAAUCUAGCGAAGCUACGGGACCUCGUCGUAGACAAGUGUAAGAUUCGUCAGAUACCGGCACGCGCGUUUGACAACUUCAAAGACCUCAAGCGGCUCCACGUGACGACCCACAACAGUGAAUGGUCAGCCAUGACAAUGGAGCUCCACGAUCAAGCCUUCGCGGGCCUAAAGGAACUAAUUGAACUCGAUUUAAGUGACAACAACAUCUGGAGUACUAAAACGGAAACCUUUUGUUCGUUGUACAGUUUGAAAACUCUUAAUCUAACGAAGAACCAUUUACAAAAUAUAAAGACAAUUGGGUUCUCUGACUCGUUGAGAGAACAAAAUUUAAGCGUUAGAAGUUGUAAUUUAGUCAUAGAAGUACUUGAUAUGUCCUACAAUGAUCUCAUUGUAGUUACUGACAACAGUUUGUCGAAGUUGCGUUCGUUAGCAAAACUGUAUUUGCAAAAUAAUGCAAUAUCGACAAUUGAAGAUGGUGCCUUUAGUGGACUUCUCAGUUUGCAGGUUUUGAAUUUAUCUAGUAAUUUCAUGAACACAAUACCGCCAGAUAUUUUUUCAGACUCAAAACUUUUGAAAGAAAUUAAUAUUAGUAACAACACAUUAAAUGUUUUACCCCCUGGAGUUUUCGAGGGUUUAGAACAACUUCAAGUUUUAGAUCUGUCGCAUAACGAUUUAACUAGUCAGUGGAUACAAAAGGGCACAUUUGUAGGAUUAUUACGUAUGGUUAUAUUAAAUCUUUCCUAUAAUAAGUUAACUAAGUUAGAUCGUUUAAUGUUUCAAGAUUUGUAUAGUUUACAAAAAUUAAACUUAGAGCACAACGAUAUAACUUUCAUUGAUGAACACGCUUUUGAGGAGUUAAGAAACUUGCAUUCACUAACACUUUCGAAUAACAACUUGGUGCAUAUUAACACACACUUGUUUACGGAUUUGCAUGUCUUGCACGAACUUUUCAUCGAUAACAAUAAAAUCAAACACAUAGACGAUAAUGCCUUUGACAACAUGACGACAAUUGAAGACUUGAGUUUGAAUGACAACUUUUUGGCGUCUAUUCCCAGCUCUGUACGAAAGUUGCGGUCACUGAAAUCCUUAGAUAUCGGAAAUAAUAAUAUAUCCCACCUGAAUAGGGAAAACUUUCGGGGUCUAUCCGAACUAUUCGGUUUGCGUCUAGUUGACAACAAAGUUGUGUAUCUAAAUGAAGACACUUUCGAACAUUUACCACAACUGCAGGUGCUCAAUUUGGCCUCAAAUAAAAUAAAACACGUUGCACCUGGCUGUUUUCACAAAAACAUUAAUCUAAAACUGUUACGCAUGGAUGGCAACGAAAUUACCAAGUUUGAUGGAAUAUUUACUACCCUAAAUAGCUUAGUUUGGCUGAAUAUGUCAUCCAAUAAAAUUAUCACAUUUGACUUCAGAAGUUUUCCCAAUAGUUUAGAAUGGCUUGACUUGCAUGAAAACUACAUUGAAAACUUUAUCAACGAUGACAUGUACUCGAAUGUGAAUAUUAAAUUGUUAGAUUUAAGUCACAAUAACUUAAGUCAUCUAACAGUAACGUCAAUACCACAGUCAGUUGAGAAAUUAUAUUUGAACGAUAACAAUUUACAGCACAUUCAAGUUGGUACGUUUUCGAAACUUCGUAGAUUAUCAACUGUGACACUCAAUAAUAAUAAACUAGUCCAACUUGACAUAAAUGCUUUUCGGUUGGAUCAAAUAGAUGAAGAUAGUGAUUUACCCGAAUUUUUCAUAAGCGGAAAUCCAUUUGUUUGUGACUGUUCAAUGGAAUGGAUUCAACGCAUUAAUUAUUUGAGCCACAGUCGACAAUACCCUCGUGUGUUAGAUCUAGAUAAGGCAUUGUGUUCACUCGUACAUUCACGUGCGAAAGAGAAAAAAAUGAUAAUUGAUAUGUCACCUUCUGACUUUCUCUGUCCAUACGAAAGCCAUUGUUUUGCCCUGUGUCAUUGUUGUGACUUUGUCGCUUGCGACUGUGAAAUGAUUUGUCCGAAUAACUGUAGAUGCUAUCACGAUAUUACUUGGAAUGCGAACGUAGUAGAUUGUUCGAACGCUGGCUAUACAGAAGUACCGGAACGCAUUCCUAUGGAUGCUACCGAAAUAUAUUUAGAUGGCAACAACAUAAAUCACUUGGGUAAUCACGUGUUUAUUGGUAAAAAGAAAUUACAAGUUCUAUAUCUGAACAACACCAAAUUGAAGGAAGUCAAUAACCAAACUUUCAAAGGAAUAGACUCGUUGAGAGUGCUACAUUUAGAAAAUAAUAAGUUAGUCGAAUUGAAAGGAGAUGAAUUUUCGCAUCUGAAUAAUUUGAACGAAUUAUAUUUAGACCACAAUGCUAUUGUGCAUGUUGCGAAUAAUACGUUUUCAUCUUUGAAAUCCUUGUCAGUUCUCAGAAUUGACGAUAAUAAACUCGUUAAUUUCUUCCCUUGGAAAUUAUUAGCAUCGUCUUCCAAAAGCUCAGCACAUGUCUCAAUAGAGGGCAAUCAAUAUUCGUGUGAUUGUAAAAGUAUAGCAGAGCUAGAUUCGUGGUUAAGAAGGGACCCGGGAGACCCAGAAAAAAUGUUGUGUACGGAUACUGAGGGGAAACCAACCACAAUAACAAUUGCGUCAGUUCUGAGUCAUUGUAAAGAAUACAUGGGUUCAAUAGGUGAUCCUACUGUAUCAAAAGACGAAAUAAUUUCUAAAUCCAUCUUCUUACCAGACAACUACUUUGCGGUUAUAUUCGGCGUGGUAAUUAUAAUCGUAAUUAUAUGUCUGAUAGGUGCUGCAUUUUAUGCUUUCCGGUACGAGGUCAGUGACUGGUUGUACACUAAGUAUGGGGUUCCAUUAUUCAAGGAACAGUCUUGUCCUAACGUCGAUCAUGUUUUGGAAGGAAAUCCGAAUCACAUGUACGACUACUAUGUGAUAUGUAAUACCAAAGAUACGAAUUUUGUCUACCAUAACAUAAUGUCAGAGAUAGAAUUCAGGAAGAUGUCUUCAAAAAAGUUUUCACCUAACGAUCCAUCUCUAAACAUUCUAACGCUAGAUAGUUUUUCCAAGUCAUCUAAACUAUCAAAGCGUCUCCUCAUAGUUUUGACAACAAGUUUCAUAUGCAACGAUCUUUGUGACAUCCAUUUCAAAAACAUAUUUUACAGUUACUUAAAGUCGUUGAAUCGUAGUGAUAUAAAUAAGGUAGUAUUUAUAAAGGUUGUCGACAACAACCAAAUUAACGACGAGCUGUGCUUUGUCUUAGAUAAGUUUAAGAAUAUAUCGUGGAACGACCCACGUUUCUGGGACAGAUUCAUCUCUUUGCUGAACUCCACCGAUACUAUUAUCACGAUGAAAGGAUCCGAAAAGAGCGUAUUCAAGAAGUCGUUACGUCAAACGCCGACGUUGAGAUAUACUACAAUGCCCGUUUCAAACGAUAGUUGCUCAAAGCAGAAUUUUACGAAUUCCUUGCAGUAUUGUAAGAGGAACGAUGGGGAGUCCUCCCAAAAUGAAAGCUCUCCUUCGUCGGAGAACACGUACGGAGAAGGGAAUCAUUCGAACAAUAGCUAUAUGUCGAUCGACAACAGGACAUGUCCCCGGUUUAAUUAUGACCUCAGGCUUUCUCCUAACAGCGGUCACGUAUAUUCUAGGGUUGAGGAUAUUUCCCCGAACGUACCGCGUUCGUUAACCGGCAGCGUUUCAGCUAAAGGUCGCACAUACUUUGUUUGAGGCUCAAGUCUUUGUCUUUCUACAUUUUUCAGCACUGUAAAUUUUUCACGUUUAAACACAAAUGUUCAAAGUGUACAUUUAACUGUCAAUUUCACAUACGUAACCUAAGUCAUAGGAUCGAAUGUAACGCAAAAAUGUAAAUUAAAACAACAAUAUUUUGUACAAAGAUCGUGUGAAAUGUUGAGUCUGAUUACGGAAACAUUAUCCAUAAUUAUAUACUAAUGUUACUAGACUUUAUUAUUAUUAAAUAUAGUUUAUUAGAUUCGUGAAGUAUUCACAAGAAGGUCACUGUAACACAACACCAAAUAGCUUAAGAUUAAUAAAAUAAUACCCAGUAUCCCUAUGACAUGUAACACUUGAUGUAUUAUUGAUUAAUUUAUUGUAACCAAAUAUUUUACUGAAAUAAAUGACUGUAUGCUUGAAAUUAAAUAUUUAAAUGUAAAAGCUUCACAAAUAUUACUUUAAAAUGAAAUCAAAAAGCUUAUAAGUAUUUAUGUUUAAAAUUGUUUGUAAUUUUUUCAAUUUUAUUAUUUCAAAGCAUUGUUUGGAGAUUAUAAAGUUCACAUUUUAUCGCUAAAGGUAUGUAAGAGUAUUUAUUACAUAUUUAAAUGUGCUUAAAUGUCAUGAAAUGUACAUAUUAAUUUAAGAAUAUAAAUAUAAAUGUUUGCAAUGUUAUUGUUUCCUGCUUAGAUGUAAUGCUUGAGUAUUUUGAUAUAAUUAAGCUAAAUCGUGAUAUUAGAUUUAAUAAUUAUAAACUUGAAAAUAAAUGUAAUUUUUGGAUUGUAAUUAUUAGUCUUAAUGAAAAAUUAUUGUUUUGUAUAAAAUUGUACAAAUGAAUCUUGAAACCGUAAUAAAAUUAUA